AUGAAGCUUUCUCAGUUAAUUUACUUACCAGCCGCUCUAUGCUGGCUUCCGCAUUCUGUUAGUGCUGAAAAGGCUAAAGUGUUCAACUUUGACGUCUUGGAAGAACAGGCCGCUAAUCCUGUUGUCGCCCAAGAAGCUAAAAACCCAUUAGAGAACGUUGAUUUGGAUCAGCUUGUGAAUGUGGUUUACAUCACACUCGAGCCAUCAACGGUUUACGUGACCGUCACUAGAACUCUUCACCAGGUUGUCACCACAGCGACCACCACUGUCACUCCAGAAUUGGAGGAGACGCCUACUUUAGAACUUUCAACGAUUUUCCUCAAUCGUACGACAACCACUGUUGCCUCCUUGCCUUUGUCAAGUCUAUCGCCCGUUGUCAGCAGCACUCCUGUGGCUUCCAUCACCUCUGCUCCCUCCUCCACAGACGACGUUUUUGCUGUGCCCACCACCAGCGGCAAAUUGGACUUUGUUAUUGGCAAGGACAAAGCAAUCACUACAAGCAGUGAGGAAACUGUGUCCUAUUACGAGGAGCUUGUUCAAUUUGUUUCUUCUGUCUUUUCACCUCCACCAACUACUGAACCUCUGCAUCCAACUUCCACCUACAAAUCUACACUUAUCUCUGUUGCAAGUUCCACUAGCUUGCCUCAGAGCUCGCCGAAAUCCUCAACCAAAAGCAAUUCCUCCACUUCUGGCAAGAACGGUGCCUUGCCAAUCAACUCGACCAAGAACUCUACUAAGGAUCUGUUCGAGGACGAGGAAUUUGAAAGUGUCCUUGAUGGUUUCAACCCAUACAAGGAUCUUCCUUUAUCGAACGCUGAUGUGGACUUCAGUAAUGGCUCUUCAAGACUGGACGCUAAGAGUGUUAUUAUUGGAAUGGUUGCCACACUUUUCAUUUUCGGAGUGAUCGUAAGGCACAAACCAGUUGACCACCAUGUUAAGCCCACCAAGCUGCUUGUACCAGAAGUACACUCCCAAGACCACGAGCCCGAGCCCGAGAUCAGAGAUGAGAAUGUACCAAUAUUGCUCGUUAGUGAACAAUGGAGAGGAUGGAUUGAAGUGACUCUUGCCAAUCUUGGACCAACCAGGGUAUGGUUGACCGAAAGAUUGGACGUUGUAAAGGACAAAUCUCAAAAAUUUAGAUUCCACGUAAGGAAUAUAGGUGGUUCCAACGUAUCCAAUAACAAACAUGGCGGCGAUAUCUCUGAACACGUAGUGCAGAGACCAAGGAAGGGAUCUUUCAAAGCAGUGCUUUGGAAUAGCGUCCAGGAUCUGCUUGAAACUGUAGUCCGGAGCGGUGAACACGUCUCCGUUGGUGUUGAUAGCAGUUUUGACAUCUGGGUUCUCGGUGAGAGUUCCCAGGUUCUUGGUUUUCGACACUCUGGUCGAAUCCACGGAAACACCUGUUGUAACAGCGGACAUAGAAAGAAGGGGGGGUUGUUUUCAGGUUACAAAAAUGCACAAGGAAAAAACUUUCACUGCAACCAAUAA